CCUCCCUCUGAUCUGGCAAAGCCGCCGGGCAGCCUGGCUCAAUGGACGUCAGGCCGCUGCCGUGUGUGGCCGGCACGGCGUAGUGAUGUGCGCGCCGCGUCCCACCUGGCAGCAGCAACAGCAGCAUGCUGGCGCUGUCGCUGCUGGCGGGCUGCCUGUCCCUCUACAUGCUGCAGUAUUUUCUCAGAGUCGUCAAGAAACCAAUCCUAGUUGGCGGGCAGGGCUUUUGCCAAUUCCUUGAGAGCCACUGCCCCAUCGUCAACAAGCCAUACUACCCGACCUUCUGGUGCUAUGGAGGUCGCAUUAUGACAUUGAUGAGGCCACUACUCAAGCGACACAUUCACAUCUCCUACCGCAGUGAGUUAAUAAAUACCCCAGAUGGCGGCGAGUUAUCGCUGCACUGGCUGGACAACAAUAAAGCCACUGUCUACCCUGAUCCCCUGUUGCGUCCCACGAUAGUUUUUCUGCCGGGGUUGACAGGUGGCAGCGAAGAGAACUAUAUAGUAUCGCUGGUGCGGAAAGCUGAGAUUCGGGGUUACAGGUGCAUCAUAUUUCAUAACAGAGGACUCGGAGGAACAAGGCUUCUGACCCCAAGAACGUAUUGUGGUGCAAAUACAGAAGAUUUGGAAACUGUGAUACAACAUUUUAAAUCCCUCUACCCAGCGUCACCACUGAUAGCUGCUGGAAUAUCACUCGGAGGUAACAUCGUACUCAACUACGCUGGGAAGUCGGGAGACAAAAGUGAACUUGUGGCGGCGUUUGCGGUUUCGCCAUCCUGGAACGCCGAGCUGUCCAUUUCCUACCGCUGGCUGGACUGGCUUAUUUUCAACCACUACGUGAUGAAACACUACCUGAGAUAUGUGCGCCGCCAUAGAGAAGUCUUGGAGAAGAGGUUCGAUGUGGAUCACAUUUUGAAGGCCAAGUCUGUCUGGGACUUCGAUGACCGGUUAACGGCGCCAAUGUUUAAUUACGAGACGACGCAGCAGUACCACCACGACGCCAGCCCUUGCUACCGAAUAAAGGACAUGCGAGUUCCAGUGCUGGUGCUCAGCUCGGAGGAUGACCCCUUCAAUCCCAAGUGCUCAUUGCCACUAGAGGAUGCCAGAGGAUCUUCCAACCUGGCCUUGUUGGUGACCACACACGGGGGCCACAUUGCCUUUCUGGAGCAUCUCGUUCCUCGGGAUGACAACUACAUGGAUCGUCUCUUCGACGAGUUUAUCUCGGCGGUGUUUGAAAACUCGGACCAACUCAGAGCAGCAAUUGAUCAGCCUCAGCAGUGAGACAUUUGUGCAUACCCGGUGGCGGUUUUUACGUCACGGCUAACAUUGCCACGUUCCAUUGCCACGUUCCAAAUAUAGCUACUUCCCCCCCCCACUCGAUAAUUGGCAAUGAUAUGAUCUGACAGAUGCCAACACUACAAAUGUUUAUUUGCUUGAACAUUGCAAUGUGCCUUUGGUAACUGAGGUUCAUCUCAAAGGGAGAGGGUUGUGAACGGAGAGAUCGAUCAUUGGGAAAUCUGUUCUUGUGACCAAAUCGCGUCGGAGCCACAGUCUGCUCAACAGAUUGGAAUGGGAGUGCGUGCACAAGUCACGUUUUUGGCGCUGUGCUAGAGAGCGUUUUAAUUCUCAGAACACCGAUUAUGUUUACUGUAAUUAGUCGAACGGACCGAAUUUUGGAAAGAAUGUUGAUGUGGUGUCGGCAACUGGAUGCUCUCGUGAUCCACGUGGAAUCGCUCCUAAUUCUUAAUCAACCCCUCACAUUUUCUGAAAUGCCAAUUGGUGCCCCGCACAAUUUUGGUGCCCUACAAAAACCUAAUAAUUCAACCUCAUUGUGUAUUGAAAAGUUGAUAGUUUGUGUUUGAACCAUAGCUUGCCAAAUACUAACCAUGCUCAGUAUUGUUAUCAUGGUGCAUGCAGUUGUAAUUGGCAUUAGGACAGAGCUUCAUGGGAAAGUACUUAAAUGCUUCAGUGCAUGAGUGUUAAGCACAUGGUUUUUAUUGUGAUCAUGGGUGGAGGAGUUAACUUAUUACAUUUUAAAGGUGUAUUUCGCAGCAUGGGUGUACUGUCUAAAACGUUCUCGUAAUAUAUUGCCUACGUGUGCGUCAAACUAUUUUUGAAAAUGUGGUUGCUUAAACAACAGGGUUUGAUAUGCAGUGAAUGCUUUUCUUGUUUACCCUGAUUUUUAAUGGCCUAAAAAUAAUGCUUGUGGAACUGAAAGAUAGCCAAUGCCAUGUUAAAGAUGUUGCAUUUGACUUUUCUUCAUGAAGACACAUCACAAAGUGGAAACCAUGCUGAAUGAAUACAUUCUCAAAUGGGUUUUAAAUGGAAAGUAUUACCAUAUUGAUUGUCAAUGCCUUGGCUUAAUUAUUGUGUUGCAUCAAUAUGCAUCUCUGUAGGAAAAAAAAGUGGUGCCAUGCAAUUUGCCUGGUGAGGUAUUUGCUAUUACAGCAGUAUAUUUGCGUGUGGUGUAAUUCUAUAUCGUGUGUGAAUGUUGGUCAUGUGCGACUACGAAUUUUCUUGUGAAAAGUUGUAUAAUUCACUCCUUUCGUGUCCAUUCCUUGGGUUGCUUUGCCAUUUUACCAUCUUCUCGCGCGUGUCUUGUGUUACCCGUGCUUUGAUCACGGUAUGAAAAUACACAAACACAAAUAUAACAUCACGUUUUAUUGUCUCUGCAUCGUGAGAGAUCAAAAUUUACGACCUCCACGUUCCCCCAUUUUUUGACCUCCACAAUCCUCGGGUGUUGUGGGUUGUCGUGUUUUGUACACUCGUAAUUUUACUCUUAGUUCUCGUGGAGAAGGUGUCCCCCUGUCCCCCCCCCCCCCCCGAGUCGUUUUUAACGUGUCACGCCGUCAAGUGAGUGAGACGCUUAUGGUGGUGCUGUUCUGUCAUUUUUUUUUUAUUAUUUCGCCAAAGGCGCGUAAUCGCAAAUAAAAUCGGCCACCUGGCCCCGACUCGUG